GGACCUUGAUGUCCACAUGACAGAUCGAAUUUGUUCCCAAGUUUGAUCGUAUGUGACGUCAUGAGAAAAGCACCCCGGAUCCUGGCACCCACGUACGAAAACUUCCGGGUUCAGAGGUGAUAAAAUGAACAAGAUAGUACUGUUGUUUCUACUGGCGGUCACAGUGAAAACUUGCUCGGCGGCAUCGGUCACUACUUCCAAGCUGAGAACGACACUUAGAGCAAAAACGACUACAGCUCUUUCGACAAGUGGGCCAUGCUGUCCAUCGUUGCAAUCGGAGCUGGACCGUCUCACAGCCGAGAUAGCAGCAUUACAGCAAGAACUAAUAGGCUUGCAAGACGAAGUUGAUAAAGUUGAAACCACGGUAAACUAUAAAGACGCGAAACAAUCAUGUGACGAGUUCAAAAAGAUGAAACUUUCGUCCGGUUAUUACGAUAUUGAUCCAGAUGGUUCCGAUGGUGAAAUGGCUCCGUUCGAGGUUUAUUGUGAUAUGGACUCGGAUCCUGACUGGGCAACUACUAUGUUUGCCCAUGAUUCUGAAGAUCGUACACUUGUUACUGGAUGUCAGAAUCCGGGUUGUUACUCGCGAGAUGUGAAGUAUCAACAAUCUUGGAGUCAGAUAGAAGCAGUGAUGUCUACAUCUGAAAGUUGCCAACAAUAUCUCUCGUACGAAUGCCUUGGAUCAGCAUUAUUCGGAUUUGCUGAUUUUGCUUGGUGGGUUUCAAGAGACGGUGCAAAUCAAUAUUACUGGCCCGGAGCUGAUCCAGGAAGCAAAAUGUGCGCAUGUGGCAUGAAUGGAAAUUGCAAUGGAACAUCAACCACUUGCAACUGUGAUAACAACGACUUUGAGUGGAGACAGGAUGAUGGAUAUUUCAAAAAUAAAGCAAAACUCCCAGUGAUGCAAGUGAAUUUUGGCGACGUUUUGGGAGUCGACGAACGUGGAUAUUUUACGCUCGGAAAACUAGAAUGCAAAGGAAAAGCAAGCAUUACAAACUGCGCUGGUUUAAAACGUAGUGGAUAUCCGUCGGGCUAUUACAACAUCGAACCAAACGCAAACGUAGACCCGUUUAACGUCUAUUGUGACAUGGAUUCUUAUCCGGGAACAGGUAUUACCGAGAUAAGUCACAAUAAACCUAGUGGCAGCUUGUCUUACUACAGCAAUACCAGCGUUGAUGUAUCCUACAAUAACGCUACAAUGGAUCAAAUAGAGGCUUUGAUAAAUUCGUCCGAAAACUGUGAACAAUAUAUCAGUUGGCGAUGCUACAGAACAGGAAUGUUCAGCAAUGGACAUACUUGGUGGCUUUCUCGCGAUGGAGAAAAAAUGACAUACUGGGGAGGAGCGAGACCUGAUCACGAUGGAUACUGCGGCUGUGGCGAGAUCGGAACGUGUUUACCUGGAUACUCAUACAAAUGCAACUGUGAUAAUUACAACGAUGGAACGACAAGAGUAGAUGCUGGUUAUCUCUACGACAAAAGUACUCUUCCAGUAACCCAUAUGCAAUUUGCAAUGGAUUAUCACUACUACUACGGCUAUGGCAGCAGUGAAGGAUAUUACGAGUUGGGAAAUUUGCGGUGUUACUGAUGACAUUUUUGAAGUUCUAAAUACCGAAAAUGAUUUAAAACGUAAACCUCAUUUGAUAGUUGAUAAUAAUUUGAAAUAAUUUUUCGAGCGGUUAAAAACUGCAUAUUGAC